AUGUCAAAGGCAGGGACAGUAAAGAAGAUCAUCGUCUGUGGAGGAAACGGCUUUCUCGGCUCGAGGAUAUGUAAAUACGCCGUCGCUAGAGGGUGGGACGUCACCUCGAUCAGUCGUUCAGGAGAACCCAAGUGGUCCGCCGUAACCUCCUCCCCAAACCCGCCCUCCUGGUCCCACAAGGUCGCCUGGGAGCGUGCCGACAUCUUCCAGCCCGCCACCUACGCGCCCCUCCUCACCGGCGCCGACUACGUCGUCCACUCCAUGGGUAUCCUCCUCGAGGCCGACUACAAGGGCGUCAUCUCAGGCCAAGAGUCACCCAUCUCGGGCCUCCGCAAGGCCUUCUCCCCAGAGAAAGCCCGCGGCAGCCCCAACCCCCUGGAACAGGAGCAACAACAGCAACAACAGCAACAGCAGCAGCAGCAGGAUGGCCAGACCUACCAGAAGCCCACAGCAGCAGCAGACGGCCACCAGCUGACCUACGAGAUGAUGAACCGCGACUCCGCCAUCCUCCUCGCCCGCGCUGCAAACGACAAGAACGCCUCCGCCUUCCUCUACGUCUCCGCGGCCGGCGGCGCCCCCGUCUUGCCAGCCCGCUACAUCUCCACCAAGCGCGACGCCGAGAGCCUCAUCGCCAGCGAGUUCCCUCGCCUCCGCGGCGUCUUCCUCCGCCCGCCUUUUCUCUACGACUCCAGCCGCGCCUUUACCCUGCCCAUGGCCGCGGCCGCCGGUGCAGGAGCUCUUUUUAAUGGGCUGACGCGGGGGGUUCUGGGGGGCUUCCUGGGCGCGGCUGGGGCGAAGCCUCUACGGGUGGAUGUUGUUGCCAGGGCGGCUGUGGAGGCACUUGAGGAGGAGGGGACGCGGGGGCCUGUGGAGGUGCCGGAGCUGGAGGAUCUGGCUGAGAGGGCUUGGAGGAAGGGUAUGCUUUGA